CGUCUCUCCCAUCAGUUAUGACAACCAACAUUCAAAUAAAAAAAAUAAAAAGAAAAACCAAUUCAAACGUUCUAACCUCCAGUUUCCAUGAAACGACACUGUUUCUCCUUCUUUAGCAAUUGCUUUCUCGUUUACUUUUAAAGUCUUUUCGUAAUCAACUUUUUUUUUUUUUUUUAAUUUUUCAAAUGAUAUGAUCUCUGUCACUUUACCAGAUUCGCUUUCUGGUGAAGAUAUGGCGGGCAAAGUUGGUUCGUUAAGGCACAGUUUUGCAGAAAGGAGCAAAGAAAGGUUGCUACCCAGAAAAGGGUACUCGGACUUUGGUCUAAAUAGCUCAGAUGGCGGUGAUGAAGAGGCCAAAUAUCGGUGCUUUCAAUCAAUGUCCGAUGGAUUUUCCAACUUCUGGAAUGGUUUACACGAAUUGUUUCUUAAAUUGUAUGAAAUGGGUCGGUCGGAUCCUCGGAAAGUUUUCUUUGCUAUCAAGAUGGGAUUGUCUUUAGCAGUUGUUUCGCUGAUCAUAUUCUUCAAAGAGCCUCUUCAGGAUGUCAGUCAGUAUUCCAUCUGGGCAAUUCUCACGGUCGUCGUGGUUUUCGAAUUCAGCGUUGGUGCAACUCUUAAUAAGGGAUUUAAUCGUGCUUUGGGGACAUUUUCUGCUGGAGGGCUUGCUUUGGGUAUUGCAGAAAUCUCUGUGUUAGCAGGGGAAUUGGAGGAAGUUAUCAUUGUGAUAAGUGUUUUUAUAGCAGGAUUUUGUGCUAGCUAUGUCAAACUGUACCCACCCAUGAAAUCUUAUGAAUAUGGGUUUCGGGUUUUCUUGUUGACAUACUGUAUCGUCUUGGUCUCCGGGAAUAAAUCCUUUUUCCAGACUGCAUUUUAUCGGUUACUGCUGAUCGGAGUUGGUGCUGGCAUAUGUCUAGUCGUAAAUAUAUUCAUAUACCCAAUAUGGGCAGGGGAGGAUCUGCACAAGCUGGUGGUGAAAAAUUUCAAGGCUGUUGCUACUUCUUUGGAAGGUUGUGUUGUUGGAUAUCUGCAAUGCGUUGAGUAUGAGAGAGUUCCGUCAAAAAUUCUUACAUAUCAAGCUUCUGAUGAUCCAUUAUACAGUGGCUAUAGAUCAGCUGUACAAUCUUCAAGCCAAGAGGAAUCUCUGUUAGAAUUUGCAUUAUGGGAGCCACCUCAUGGCCCUUACAAGUCAUUCAAAUAUCCUUGGAGAAACUAUGCCAAAGUUAGUGGGGCACUGAGGCAUUGUGCAUUCAUGGUCAUGGCAAUGCAUGGUUGUAUACUUUCAGAAAUCCAGGCUUCACCAGAAAAGCGAAAUGUUUUUGCAAGUGAGCUUCAGAGGGUUGGUGUUGAGGGAGCUAAAGUGUUACGUGAGAUUGGAGGCAAAUUAGAAAUGAUGGAAAAACUAAGUCCCAAAGACAUAUUAAUUGAAGUGCAUGGAGCAGCAGAAGAGUUGCAAAUGAAGAUUGAUCAAAACUCCUACAUUCUUGUCAAUUAUGAAAACUGGCAAGCUGAAAGACGACCAAAGGAAUUCGAAGAUCUUCAAAAUUUUGUUGAUGUUAAAGAGAAUGAAAAUAAAAAUGUAGUGAUUACAUCCCUAAGUGAAAGUUUUGAGGCUCAGAAUCCAAAUUUGGGUGUUGAACCUAACACACCAGAACGGACAUCCUCAGAAAAUGUGUUGAGGAAACCAAUAUCGUGGCCCCGCCUUUCGUUUAAUGCGAACACCAUACUUCAUGAUCAAGAAUCAAAGGUAUAUGAAAGUGCCAGCUCCUUAACAUUAGCAACAUUUACAUCACUUCUGAUUGAGUUUGUCGCAAGGCUUCAAAAUAUUGUGGAUGAGUUUGAAGAGCUUAGUAAGGUAGCUAAUUUUAAGGAACCCAAGGAUCCAUCAGAAGCAGAAGAAGACGAAGUUGGGGUUUGGACUAGACUGCUUAGAAGCAUUGGAUUGAAGAAGUCAAAACCAGUUUCUGUUGGCUCAGCUUUAUAAUUUUGAUUCAAUGAUAGUUGAUCAAUUGAUUUCAAAUUAAACAUUCUUGCUUUAUACAUUGAUUUAUAAAUGCCAAAUGGAUGUAUAAAUGUGUAAGUUCUCACAUCAAGUAUGAUGAGCCAGGCCAUUGAAGAGGGUCAUGAGGAUCAUAGGAAUCUGUAAAAUCUGCAGAUGACUCGCUAUGUGUAAAUGGGAUAGAAGUGAAACUACAAGGAGAAAUAACACAUCCAAAUGAAUCUCAAAUUACAUAGUUGUAGUUCCCUUUUGGAAUCGAUCAUAAAAAUGUUUCAGUAAACAAGCAGUAGCAGUCUAUACUUUCAUGUUAUUUACCGAAUAAAAAAGCCUAUCAUGUUUGAUAGUUUUUGUGAUUA